AACAGAGGCGCUUUAUUUCCUGGUUCUCAGCGUAUAAAUAGAGCAGUGCAGUGAGCUGCUCAUGUGGGGCCUCUACCCACGCCUGCUAACAGGAUGCCUUGUCACCACCUCAGAGCUCUGCUGGCCCUGCUGUUCGUCUGCCACCAAGGAGGCAGCAUGGGGGAGAAGAUCGAGGGGGGGCAUGAGGCGAAAGCCCACAGUCGUCCCUACAUGGUCUACAUCGUGAUCCAGGACCCGGGGGAGAACAAAAGCUCCUGCGACGGCUUCCUUGUGUCCGACGACUUUGUGAUGACCGCGGCUCACUGCAAGAGAGAGAAAAUGUAUGUAUUUACUGGAAUCCAAAACAGAGCGAGCUUGACUAACGAGGCCAUGAUCCAUGUCGACCAAAAGCAUGCCCAUCCUCACUACCGUGCAGAAUCUUUAACCCACGCACACGACAUCAUGCUCCUGAAGCUCAGGCACAAAGCCGUCCUUAAUGACUGGGUGAAACUACUGAAGCUUCCCCAGUCUGUAAAUGAAAGCCUUCCCACCACCAACUGCUUGGUGCCAGGGUGGGGGAUAACAUCCUUCCCCAACGGCACCAGACCCAAGAUGCUGCAAGAGGUUAAUGUUACCGUCGACUCCUCCAUCCAGUGUGGCACUCACAAAAUCUGCUCCCAAGGAUCAAAAGGUCCUUUAAAGGGCGACUCUGGAGGGCCUAUUAUCUGUGGUGAUGUAGCAUACGGAGUGGUCUCCUCGUACGUACCGACAACGCUCACUCACUACUACACCAACAUCUCUCACUACCACCACUGGAUUAAAAAGACUAUGGCCAUCAAUAGGAGCUCAGAGAGGCCUACCAAGAGGCUGAGUUAGUAGUAAAACAGGUCACGUUAAACAAAGGUGCACUGUCUAGUAGGAUGGUGGCCAGAUUUGGUUUUUCAACCAUGCUUUUCAUUGAAACGGCCUACCCAUCGCCAAAUUUGAUCUUUUCAAGAGUAUUUACUGAGAAAUAAAUUGAUAUUGUCUAGUAUGACCAAAAUACAGGACAUUCUGCAGCUGAAAAUGUAUAUAUCUGUCUGUAUAUGAUCUAUUUUUUUUAUUCAUGCCAGUCACUUUGGAAAAAUAUGUGAUUAAAGAAGAAGAAAAAUAAAUCUUGUAAACACAGAUGGAUACACAUAGUCUAAUUGGCAAACUAGACUAUGUGUAUCAAUCUAUGUUUAAAUGUUUUUUUCUUUGUGUAGCAUAUAUUGUAUGUUUCCUGUGUGUUCCAUCUGUGGUACCCAAGUCUUGUCUCAUUUUUGUUUGUCCAUUGAAAAUCACACCUUCUCAAGUCCACACAAAAUUUCUCUCCUGUAGAGACAAUAAAGGCAAAUCUAAUCUAAAUCUACUCAAAAGAUUGUCCUCGGUACACAUUUUAGAAUAACAAUAAACCAGUGUUACAUAAGGACCACACACACUUAGCCUGAAGCGUCUGUCCUUCCAUAUUGCUGUCACAGUUGACACACUUUUAGAGUAUAAGCAGGAAGACUGAAUAAUGUUAAAAACUUUCUGGGGAAUAGGUUUAAUGUCUGUUCCCCUACUACAGCAUAGUGAAAUAGACAUACUAAGAGUGGUUUAACUUUUCUCCAUAAUUGAAUGUUGCUUCUUCCUGCAUUUGAGAGCUCAAAGAUGUGUACCGAUAAGUGAUCAGCAUAGCCGCCACUUAUGCACAAAACUUCCUGCACUGGUAUGGGCUGGACGCUAGAGGCAUAUUGUGAAGUAUAUUCUAUUCUGACUCUGGCGAGAGAUAAUGUGCACAAUGAUUGCUGUGCUUAUCUCUCUGGUAAGAAUACAUCCACAAGGCCGUACCGUGGCGCAAAUGGCGCAAAAGCUCGUCUGCUAUGCGGCUGACCCGGGUUUGACUCCCGGUCCGGGUCCUUUGCUGACCCUUCCCCGUCUCUCUCUCCCCACUCAUUUCCUGUCACUAUCCUGUCAAA